CUACGUAUCGCUAACUACAAGCGCGAGCUCUCCCAGUUCAGGCAAAGUGCGAAGACCGGUACGGUCACGCCGCGUUUCCCGCUAUCUCCGCGUAUCAGUCCGCGUGAGCAGCUCGGCGCGUGAAGGUUGACAAGACCGACCUGCCUACAGCUCGGCCUACCUGCCGAUCGACCGAUCAAAGAGCAAUCGUUAGGGUUUCGGCCGAGAUGAGUGUGCCCGGCAAGCAAGUGCAAAAUGGUACCUACGAGUUCGAUUACAUGCGAGUACCUGAUACUAGAACGCGCUGGGAGAUACUUCGCGAUGGUAUCUACAAUCCGCAGGAAGGGACGGUCUGCGGUCAUCCGCCGAAAAAAUGGGGCAUAACUCUCAUCUUCUACGCUUGCUUCUACGCCGGACUGGCGAUACUUUUCAGCAUUUGCAUGAAAGGCAUGCUCGCCACGUUGCACGACGAUAAACCUAAAUGGACCUUAAGUAGCAGCCUCAUAGGUACUAAUCCAGGCUUGGGAUUCCGACCGAUUGCGGAGAAUCCCGAUGAGAGGUCACUUGUUUGGUACAGCGCAUCAAAUGCGACCGAAAUACGGAAAUGGACGCGGCGCUUGGAUGAGUUUUUGGAACAAUACAUCAAUUCAUCACUUUUGCCAAAUGGCGGUAGAAACCAACAGAUCUGCAGUUACUCUAUGCCGGCAAAGCCUGGUAACGUAUGUGCGGUCGACGUGAACCAUUGGGGACCAUGUUCUCCAAAUCAACAAUACGGUUUUAACAACUCAUCACCUUGCAUUUUCAUUAAACUUAAUAGGAUAUACGGAUGGAUUCCUGAGUACUAUAACAGCACUCAGUCUUUGCCGAACGAUAUGCCAGAGAGCCUAGUCGAAUAUAUAAAGACAGUCGACGCUUCAUGGCUAAAUACCGUAUGGGUAUCUUGCAAAGGGGAGAGUCCUCAUGACCGAGAAAGUAUCGGCGAAUUGAAUUAUUAUCCUAAGGGACACGGCUUUCCAGGAUUCUAUUAUCCAUAUGAAAAUGUUCCUGGAUACUUAAGUCCCGUCGUCGCCGUCCAUUUUCUUCGACCAAAAAGAAAUCAAAUCAUCAACGUGGAGUGCCGGGCAUGGGCGAAGAAUAUCCAGUACAGUUCGUACAGGUCUGAAAAGAAAGGUGCUGUACACUUUGAAUUGAUGGUCGACGAAUGAUUGUACGUUACAAUCGUCGAGAUCGUUACUGCCCUCGACGCUCCCCCGAUUUCAUAGUUUUAUUGUUCGAAUAAGAGAUCAAGAGCACGAAACGAAAGAACACUUUAGAGAGCACUACGUGUUCGGAUGUUCGAUCACGAUGACGGACGAUCACUCGUGCCUAGAAAAAAAUUAGUAGGUUAACGAAUUUGUUAUUUUAUAAAGAUUCAUAUGAAUAACCAAUCGGCAUUGUUGCUUAUCGAGCCACUAGUUCGAACUCUUAAUCUUAAUAGAUUUUCUGUUGUUUUGUGACAAAAGGUUGUCUCUUGUUGAUUUACAAGUACUUACAUAAAAUAUACUAAUAAUGGGAGAUAUAUAGAAUAUAACAUGUAGAACAUGACUGACUUUCGAUCAACGAAAAUGUCUGAAAUUCACACAGUUUUACAUAUAAUUUUCUAUAAUAAAAAUUUACUAACAAAACAAUGGAAGAAGUUAGGUAAUUAAAAAAUCUUAAAGUGUCACUAUAUACAGUGUUUUAAAGUAUCCAUUACUUUUCACAUAUAUCUUAUUGUUAGUUUUAAAAAUCGAGUUAAAACUAGUUAAAAAGUUUAAAGAAUUAAAACUAGAGAGUAAAGCUAACUUAAAAUUUAAUAAUUCUAUAGUAAGAAUGAGAAGAUUUAUGAAUGUAAAGAAAUAUUCCAUGAACAAACUAUAUUACCCAAAGAAUUAAAGAAUCAAUUUUUCUCCUUGAAGAAAGAUAAUAUUUAAAACGAUGUAACUUCGCCGGAAAUAAUUGCGUUAAGAUUAAUAAUAAAGUUUUACUGAAACCAGAUGCAGUCUCUCAUGCCGCUUUAUUAAUGAUCUCAAUAGGAUUAUUUCAAGACUUGAUUCAAAAAAGAAAAAAGACUCCUUAUUCUUUUGAUAAUAUAGAUGAAAGUUUUCAUGGCUUUAAUAAUUUUCUUUAAUAUUCAAAGAUCUACAUACAGUGCCUCAAAACAUAUUAAAAAAAUGUAAAAACAAAUAUUAGAAUUUAAAGAUCACAAGCCACAAAAUAAUACUCACGUUUAAGCCUGCUGCAAUUACAAGGAGUCAAGUAUAAAUAUAAAUUUUCUUUUACCUGCUUUAUGAUUUUUACGUAAAAAAGAUCUUAUUCGGUCUUAAUUCUUAGAACACAUAUAAAACAUAAAUUUUAUUAAUAUCAAGGAACAUACAAGCAUAUAUCAAAGAACUUAUCAAGGUGUAGGCAAACAUAAAGAACUAAGGAACCAAAAAAAUGUAAAAGUCAAAUGUUUUGGAUAUGUACUGCUUUAGAUAACAUUUAAAAAAUUGAAAUUGAUUAUCCAAAAAUAGAAGUAACUAAUUUAUGAUAAAAUAUCACUUUGUAAAUACAAAUUAAAUUAUUUUUGGAGUAUCCUAUAUACCUCUUAUUAUCCUUGUAUCUUGAAUUACUUGUACGUAUCAGUUUUAGAAUUGAACAAAAUGUAGGUAUGCUUGAAUCAUCGAUGUGAUGUUUGCAAAGCCUAUUUUGGUACUUAUUGAGGUAUAGGUGUAAUAACAAAUUGUACAAAAUGAAAUAAUGUUACGUUCUAUAAUAAUUAUUUUUAAAUAAAUGACAAUGGUGGAAAAAUAAUUUGACGUACAAAGACAAACGUCUUUUUAAAUAAGGGCGAGCAUUGUGUAAUCCUUAAUUUAUUCGUUGCGAUUAUAUGAUGGUGUUAAUUUAUUAUCCCGCUCCUUGGCUCCUAACCUAUUCUGUAUGUUAGAUCGUAUAAGUAAAUUGUACAAGAGCAAGUGAUAUGUUCUUAUCAGAUAUAUAUUUCUCAAACAUUUGCAAUAUUAAAUAAAUUUACCUAAGUUCUAAAUGCAAUAAUCUAUUAAGAAUAUUAGGUACGUACAAUAUUGUUCCGUGUCGGCGAUACUUUUCUAAUUACGGGCACCCUUUUUACAUGAAUUCUAGAAUUACAUUAAUGUGAUAUCUGCUUGAUAAUGUAGAAAAUCGUUGUUUUCAAUUUCAUUUUUUCCCCUCUUGUUUUGCUGCCAAGUUCUUUAGCAUCGAUACAUAUUAAAUUCCAUGUGUUAGUAGAAAUGUAGUUUAUUUCUAUUUCAUUUGUCGGAAAAUUUUAAAAAAGAUAUUUUUAUGUACCGCAGCUGAUGGUUAAAAAAUAAGAAUAUAAAAACGAUGAGAAUGCGUAAUCAAUAUCCCGCAUUUUAUCACAAAACAUAUCUACGUUAUGGCAAAAUUUAUAUUAACGUAGGACAAAAACAUCUGAUUCUAAUUGUUUGCUGAUAUUUUCUGCUAUGCAAUAAACAUGAUUUCUUCAAUUUGGAGAACAUUACUUUUCGAUUAAUUUUUAUAACAUUAUAUACGUAUCUUAAUUUUGUUUAUGCAAUGUAAUUACAAUCGAACCGCGUAUUUAGCAAGGUAAUCAACCACAAAGUAGAAAUGUUCGAUUUUCCCUUGUUAACUAAAACUUGUGCUCGGAUAAUGUCUGCUAUAUAAUUUAUGAGAUAAAGCUAAAACUUAUUAUAAUAGCUGCCAUUUCGUAGAAAUAUUUCCACAUGUAUACAUUUAAUAUCAAAUAAAUCGUAAUUACAUGAUAAAAAAACAAACUGACGUCAACAUAUUUUCAUAUCAAGUAAACCAACAUAUAUCUUUUGUAAUUAAUCCUGUCAUUAGUCAUGAGUUAUUAAGCUGGCUUAACACAUUUCCUGUGAAUCACAAGCCAUUACAUAUUAUUACUAUAUAUCUCAAAUCUAUGAACACUACCUCUCUCUCCCUCUUUCUUCUUUUCCUUAAAAGAAAAGAAAAUUAUCUUAUUACUAAAAUAAUUUUUACAACAUACAAUAUAUAUAAUCAGUAUUUCCAAGAUGAAAUAUCGUUUAAAAAGAUAAGAAUAAAAAAUAAGGUAUAUCAAUAUUUUUUGUUUUGGUUCAUAAUCUUUUCAUAUUAUUGUAAUAUUCUAUCAUUGUAAAAUCUAUUCUUUAUUAUACGCAAUAUUGGCGUAUGCGUAUAGUGUCAAUUUAUUAAUUUACAUUAAAAAUUGUUUUAAUUUGUUUAGCAUUUUACCAAAUUUCUCAAUAUUUCUCAAUAUUUACAGAUAUGGAUCGGAUAUCAAAUAUCCUAAAUAUUAUCAUGCUUAACAAUACUUGCCAUUUCUGUUUCAAAUUUCUUUUUUUAUUUAUAAGAAAUAUUUAUACGCUUACUAUCUAUUCCGCGAUUCUUAAUUUCUACUUGACAAAAUUACUGAUGCAUUCCAAUAAGGUAAAAAAUAUGAUAUUACCUGAGGACGUAUUAAUUUCUAGUGUCAUUUGAAUGUUUAAAAAGUCUUCAAAUUGCACGCCUGAUUAUAAAAAAGUCUAUCCAGCUAAUAUUACACAUAUAUGUAUAUGUAUAUGAGUAUAUUAAAUAAUUCCAAUGAGAGUCUUUUAUGCUAUUAUAUCGGUCGGUUUUUAUAUAUGUAUAAAUUGCGCUUAUGAGCAAACAAAGGCACGUGUAAACGAUUAGAAUUCUUUGAGAUUCGAUUAUUCUAUUCUGUCGUUCGUUUUCAAUUUUGCACAAAAGCGAGCUACAUCCACGUUUAUGAGCAAAAAAGGCACGUGUACGUGAGUAUAAUUAUUUGAGAUUUCAUUAUUCCAUUCUUUCAUUCGUUUUCAAUGUUCAAUUGCACAAAAGGCGACUUAAAUUCGCGCUUAUGAGCAAAGAAAGGCACGCGUAAACGAUUAUAAAAUUCUUUCAGAUUAUACCAAUUAUUCUUCCAUUUGUUCCUGUUCAAUUGCACGAAAGCAAUGUACGACAAAAAUUUUGUUUAAUCUGCAAAUACGCAGUAGAUAUCAACGAAAAUAAUGGCAUUACAUAAAAUAUAUAUACACUAUAAUAUAUCGCCGACAAGUUACAGUCAAAAUUAGCAAUACAAAAUAUUUGGAAAACUAACACUCAGUUUUUUACAUUAGCUUUCUCAAAGAAGAUAAUUAUCUCGUGCGAAUACUAUGAAUGACAAAACUACUACAUUCUAAAAAUUUUGGCGAUAAUUCAUUCUUAAUUUAAUUGGCAACACACACUAAACACACACACACGCACACACACACACACAACACACACAUGCAGAGUGCACGGCAGAUGUAACACGGCCAUUUAGUUAUAAGUUUUAAGAAGAAUAAACAGUGUCUUUUAUGCAUGUAAAAA